AUGCCUCCUCGCGAGUCUCCAGAGAAUCAACCUCUCAUUAAUGAAGAAACGCGUAAUGCUGGCCCAUUUGCUUUUAAUGUUGAACAGCUGCAGAAACUUGUCGAUCCAAAAAAUUUAGAUUUGCUUCAAGAUUAUGGUGGUACUGACAAAAUUCUUGAUGGUUUGAGGGUCGAUCGUGAUUAUGGUCUAAGAAUCGAUCAAGAAAUAUCUUUUCAAGAAAGACGAAAGCAUUUUGGAAAAAAUGUUUUACCAAAAGCCGAUCAGCAAUCAUUUCUCUCCCUGGUUUGGGACGCUUAUUGUGAUAAAACCCUAAUUUUAUUAAGUAUUGCUGCUUUUGUUUCUCUUGCUCUCGGUAUUAGUGAAGAUUUAUCCAAGUCUUCUGAUGAACCACGUCUUGGUUGGAUUGAAGGCACUGCAAUCCUUGUUGCUGUUGCUGUUGUAGUUCUUACGAGCGCGAUAAAUGACUAUCAAAAGGAAAGCCAAUUUAGAAAACUUAACGAUAAAAAGGAUGACCGUAAUAUCGAGCUUAUUCGAGAUGGUAAAGAGCAACAAAUUUCGGUUUUUGAAGUCAAUGUUGGCGACAUUAUGAUUCUUGAACCUGGUGAUAUAGUUGCUGUUGAUGGUUUAUAUUUAAGUGGCCAUAAUCUCACUUGUGAUGAAUCAAGCGCUACCGGUGAAUCUGAUGCCAUGAAAAAAGGUGAUAAUGAUCCCUUCAUAUUGAGUGGAUCAAAAGUUACAGAUGGCGUUGGUAAAGUAGUUGUUAUUGCUGUUGGCAUAAAUUCUUAUUUUGGAAAAACUAUGAUGGCAUUACGUCAUAAUGAAAAUGAAGAGACUCCACUUCAAAUGAAAUUAGACUUUCUUGCUGAACAAAUAGCCAAGUUAGGCGUUGCUAUUGCACUAAUUAUGUUGCUUACACUAAUCCUUAAAUAUUUUAUUAAUGCGGCUCUUUCUGACCAUUUUCCUGAAUUGGAAGAGAUAAUGGUUGCCAUGACUUCUAUUGUUGUUCAAACAAUUACUAUUAUCGUUGUUGCUGUACCAGAGGGUUUACCCAUGGCUGUAACACUUGCGCUUGCUUACGCAACCACCAAGAUGUUGAAAGAUAAUAACUUGGUCCGAAUUUUAUCGCUUGGUAUAUAUUACACCGGUACAUUAACUCAAAACAGAAUGACAGUGGUAGAAGGGUUUUUUGGUCAGGAAAGGUUUGAGGAUUACAAUGAUGUUCAACAAUUGAGAAAUAGGAUUAAGGAAAAUACAUUCGAGAUUAUUACACAAGGCAUAAUUGUUAAUUCUACUGCAUUUGAAGACGCGGAUGAAAAAGGCCAAUUGAAUUUUGUUGUUCCUAAAACUGAAUGUGCAUUACUUUCGUUAUGCCAAGAAUUGGGUUUAGACUACAGAAAUAUAAGAUCCCAAGCUAAGAAAGUAAAAGUUUAUCCUUUUGCAUCAGAGAGAAAAAGUAUGACUACAAUUAUUAGAUUACCCUCAUCUAAUACUUCUCAUAGUAAAGCUUCGGAACAUGUAGAAUAUCGUAUUUAUGUUAAAGGCGCAUCUGAGAUUGUUUUAGAUGGUUGUACACAUUUUGUUAAUGCUGAAGGCAAAGUGCAGAAAUUGGACGAUAGAUCUAAGCAACAUUUCAAAGAUAUCAUCUCUGAAUAUGCUGGAAAGGCUUUACGCACAAUUUGCAUGGCAUAUCGCGAUAUAACUACCAGUGAAUUUAAUCAUAUCAAUGAUGACAAUCCACCUCUUCAUGAUCUCAUUUGUUUAGGUAUAGUUGGUAUCGAGGAUCCUUUGCGUCCUGGUGUUAUAGAAUCUGUUAAAAUUUUUAAAAAGGCUGGUAUUACUGUCAGAAUGAUUACUGGUGAUAACUUAGAAACCGCAAAGGCAAUUGCAAGGAACGCAGGUAUCUAUAAGAACGGUGUUGCUAUAACUGGACCUGAAUUUCGCAAUAUGACCAAAGAAGAACAGUCCACAAUAAUACCUCGAUUAGAAGUGCUUGCACGUUCUUCACCGACGGAUAAGACUAUCGUGGUUUCUCGUCUUAAAGAAUCUGGUGAAGUUGUCGCUGUUACUGGUGAUGGAACUAAUGAUGGUCCAGCUUUAAAAUUAGCUGAUGUUGGUUUCAGUAUGGGAAUUGCCGGUACUGAGGUUGCAAAGGAAGCAUCAUCUAUUAUUUUAAUGGACGAUAACUUCAAUUCCAUUGUCAACGCAUUGAGAUGGGGUCGUGCCAUAAACGAUAGUGUACGUAAAUUUUUACAAUUUCAACUCACGGUUAAUAUUGCUGCGGUUAUAAUAUCUUUCACCAGUGCCGUCUUAAGUGAUGAGAAUGAAUCCGUGUUAACAGCUGUACAACUACUUUGGGUUAAUCUCAUUAUGGACACAUUGGCUGCACUCGCUUUGGCGACCGAACCUCCAACUGACGAGCUUUUAUCUCGCUUACCUACUGUAAAAAAUGCAUCAUUAAUUAAAUUUUCGUAUGUGGAAAAUGAUUAUCGGACAAGCGAUCUUCCAAGUGGCCAUCAAUUUGUCUUUAUUGCAUAUAGGACCAGCGAUCUUUCAUCUUAA